AGAAGAACUUCAGAGGAGUCUUGUCUUGGGCUGCUCGUGGGUGAGUGGGAAGGUCCGUGACUGCAGAUCGGUGGCGAUGGCCACUCUCCCAGCAGCAGAAACCUGGAUAGACGGGGGUGGAGGCGUGGGUGCAGACGCGGUGAACCUGACUGCCUCGCUAGCUGCCGGGGCUGCCACGGGGACAGUUGAGACUGGGUGGCUGCAACUGCUGGACCAAGCUGGCAACCUUUCCUCCUCCCCCUCCGCGCUGGGACUGCCUGUGGCUUCCCCCGCGCCCUCCCAGCCCCGGGCCAACCUCACCAACCAGUUCGUGCAGCCGUCCUGGCGCAUCGCGCUCUGGUCCCUGGCGUAUGGUGUGGUGGUGGCAGUGGCAGUUUUUGGAAAUCUCAUCGUCAUCUGGAUCAUCCUGGCCCACAAGCGCAUGAGGACUGUCACCAACUACUUCCUUGUGAACCUGGCUUUCUCCGACGCCUCCAUGGCCGCCUUCAACACGUUGGUCAACUUCAUCUACGCGCUUCAUAGCGAGUGGUACUUUGGCGCCAACUACUGCCGCUUCCAGAACUUCUUUCCUAUCACAGCUGUCUUCGCCAGCAUCUACUCCAUGACCGCCAUUGCGGUGGACAGGUAUAUGGCAAUUAUUGAUCCCCUGAAACCCAGACUGUCUGCCACAGCAACCAAGAUUGUCAUUGGAAGUAUUUGGAUUCUAGCAUUUCUACUUGCCUUCCCUCAGUGUCUUUAUUCCAAAACCAAAGUCAUGCCCGGCCGUACUCUCUGCUUUGUGCAAUGGCCAGAAGGUCCCAAACAACAUUUCACUUACCACAUUAUCGUCAUUUUACUGGUGUACUGUUUCCCAUUGCUCAUCAUGGGCAUCACAUACACCAUUGUUGGAAUUACUCUCUGGGGAGGAGAAAUCCCAGGAGAUACCUGUGACAAGUAUCAUGAGCAGCUAAAGGCCAAAAGAAAGGUUGUCAAAAUGAUGAUUAUUGUUGUCAUGACAUUUGCUAUCUGCUGGCUGCCCUAUCAUAUUUACUUCAUUCUCACUGCAAUCUAUCAACAACUAAAUAGAUGGAAAUACAUCCAGCAGGUCUACCUGGCUAGCUUUUGGCUGGCAAUGAGCUCAACCAUGUACAAUCCCAUCAUCUACUGCUGUCUGAAUAAAAGAUUUCGAGCUGGCUUCAAGAGAGCAUUUCGCUGGUGUCCUUUCAUCAAAGUUUCCAGCUAUGAUGAGCUAGAGCUUAAGACCACCAGGUUUCAUCCAACCCGGCAAAGCAGUAUGUACACCGUGACCAGGAUGGAGUCCAUGACAGUGGUUUUUGACCCCAGCGAUGCAGAUACCGCCAGGUCCAGUCGGAAGAAAAGAGCAACACCAAGAGACCCAAGUUUCAAUGGCUGCUCCCGCAGGAAUUCCAAAUCUGCCUCCACCACUUCAAGUUUCAUAAGCUCACCCUAUACCUCUGUGGAUGAAUAGCCUUAAUUUCAUUUCCUGAGGUAAAAGAUUAGUAUGAGUCCAUCAUGGUGCCAAUCUAGGCCCCCAUUCUCCUAUUUAUCAGUCCUGUCCUAUAUACUCUCUAGAAACAGAAAGCAAUUUUUAGGCAGAUAUGGUCAAAUUGAGAAAGGUAGCAUAUAAAUGUGACAAAGACACUAAUAAAAU